ACCCAAAGUACCAGAAUAUGGGCUCCAGACUUCCAAUAGACACCUCACUUACAAAUAGUGAAAUCACCAUCUUGUCAGAAUAUGCCGAGGAGAAAGUCGAACACGCUCCACAGUACUUUGUGGGAUCUUUGUGGCAGUUCUGUGUGGGUUACUAUAAUAUAACAGAGCUGACAGAUUCCAGUGGUGACAUCACAUACACAACUCAUAACGAUCGGUUGGUGUGUACUAAAGAUUCGUCUCAACGAUCAGUUUUCAACUACAGGGCCACCAUGGAAUCGUAUAGUAUGGAUGGAGUUCUUGCAUACUCGCUCCAGUCGUCUCAGUACACGGACGCGAAGUACAACCGGGCGGUAGCUCAGCAGUUGCGCCGGUACAAAUCGGUCCCUAUCUCGUUGGUUUUGACUUGCAUCUUUAGCUUAUCGUGCACCGUGUUUACCUACGUGUUGUACAGCAACAGAAAGGGCCUGCGUGACUUGACCAAUGUCCCCAAGUUCUUGCUUCAUGGAAUGGCUGUGGCGUCCGUGACUCCCUUUGUGGCAGGGGCAGUAUCCACAUGUAGCAUCACCCUCUUGCUGCGAAACCUUCGCAGUGAUAUCAACCUGAGUUUUGGGUCAUUUGGAAUCACCCUUCAGAUGGGGAUACUUUGGUAUACAAUCACCUGCUUCGGUCUUGGGGCCACCAUCUUACAGAUGUUGAGCUGGAUAAUUCCCGUGUGGUGUGCCAACCCACCGGAGGAGAAUCAGCUGAGUGAGUCUUAUUACUACUCCAGGUCGGGUGACAUUGGUAAGAGGUUUACCUCGACUGUGCACUUGCACACUAUCUCCAGCAUCCCAUCUACCGAUCCUCGUGAUACGCUUUUGUACGCCAGUGAUUCAGAAGCUUCUGACUUGGAUGACCACUCUUCCAUCCACGAGACCGUGGCCUCCGGUAAGGAACGAGAUGUGUUUUAUGAUUAUAAGGAGGAGAAAGAGAAUAAUAAGUUAAGGAAAUUGGGAGAAAGUCUUUCACGAAAUACGUCUGUUCGGCACUUGAACCGUAAAGUUAUCAAGAGACCCACCAUGACACUGAUAGAAGAAAUGUCUGCUGCUGAUGUGAAGAAUGCCAUAUACAACAGCAACGAAUACUCCCCGUUGCCUCACCACUAUAGAGUUGAGACCUUUGACGGGUUUGGCGGUGACAACAGCCAUUUUAGACAUAAUCCGGCCAACAACCCAUUUUUAACGACGAACGAUAUCCAAGAUAUUGCAGACGACGAGUCUGUGGAUGACAAAUAUUAAGAGUUAGACACUGCAGUAUCCUAGUUAGACACUUGAAUAAACACUAAUAUUCGU